UCACAAUCGAAAAACGGUGACAGGUGUAGCCAGUCGACAGGUUUUGGCAACGCCCCGACUUCAGUCUUAACUGAGCGUGGCGCUUCAACGAACGUACUUAUUUAGCUGUUCAUAAGUACGAAAACGAAACGAAAAACGAAUCGAGAGACCCGAAAAAAAGAAUAAAAUUAUCAAAAGGUGUUGCGCAGCGAUUGUGAGAAAAUGCGCUUCAAACUGUUUGUGGUGUGUGCGCUAGCCUGCGGCUUUAUGGCCUAUGUGCUGGCCAACGAGAAUAUCUCAACGGAAGUGGAAGAUCAAAUUAUAAACGCCGUACCCGCGAACAAAGCGAACAAAAUUGCCCAGGCAGCCGAAUUUGUGGAAAUUGUCGACCAGCCAAAAAAGGCAACGCCGUCGACGCCAUCUCCGCCAGCUGCAGCCGCCCCCGACAAAAAGGUGCAGAAAGCGCCCGCAGUUACGCCGAACCCCACACCCACACCCACACCCAGCGCAGGCAAACUGGUGCCCGUUGUCCAUGUGGCCCCCCUGGCCGCCUCCAGUCGUGGCACCGAUGACAUUCUCACCGUGGCUGGCCUUAAACCGCAGCCCAAAUCAGGCGCACUAGUUAUGCCCUUCGAUUACCUGGGCGAGCUCUACGAUUUGGAUUCCAGUGGCUACAAUUGGGAUCCCAACAAUAAUGUGGCGCCACCGGACACGCCCUCAACGGCUGCCGGCGGCUAUACCAUCACCAGCGCCCGUCUCGCCGAGCUGCGCAGCAAUUUCAUGUACUGGUUCUUCGACAAGGACAACUAUGGGGGACGUGGCGAUUAUCAGUUUGAUAUACACGCCUCCAUGACGCAGCUGCACAAGAAUCUUAACUUCCAGAUGCCCUUUUACGGCUUUCGCUUCAAUUAUACGCGGCUCUCGCUUAAUGGCUAUUUGGAGUUCUCCGAUCCGCCCGAGUAUCUGACUUAUCCCUUGGUCUUUCCUAUUAAGGACUGGCCCAAUAAACGCGAUCCUUCUUUUAUGGGCAUCUUCUUCAGCAAGUGCCGCGUGGGCCGCAUUUAUCCCUCGGAUCUGGACCAGCGCACGCCAGGCGUCUACUUCCGUGUGGUACGUGAUCUGAUGGGACGCACGGACCGCUUUGGCGUCGAGGUGCGUGAGCGCACCAUGUGGGAUAUACGCACAGGUGUUGUUGGUGCCGAUACUUUUGUGCCCAAGCACGUGGUGAUCGCCACCUGGAAAAACGUAUCCUUUGCUGGUGGCAUUGACAAUUCGCUCUUUACGACGAACACUUUCCAAAUGGUUCUGGCCACCGAUGAGGUCUAUACUUAUGCCAUCUUCAACUAUGCGGUUCUUAAUUGGCUCUCCCACACUGAAGCGGGCGGUGAUACGACGAAGGGCGAGGGUGGUGUGCCCGCAUUUGUUGGUUUCAAUGCUGGCAACGGUACACAGGCCUAUGAAUACACGCCGUAUAGCCAGAAUAUGGUGAUACGCGACUUGGCCAAUCGAGGCUGGGGCAACGGUUUCCCUGGACGACAUAUUUUCCGCAUCGAUGAGCAGAUUUUAAUUGGCUCCUGCAACAAGGAUAUUGAUGCUGCUUUGCUGCCGCUAACCUUUGCACCGGAGUCGGGCAACAUGCUGGGCGGUCAGGUCGUAAACAUAACUGGACCCUGCUUCGAUCCGAGCAUACGUGUUACCUGCCAUUUCGAUACGGAAUCUGUGCUGGGCACCUAUGUGGAUCGGAACCGUGUCAUAUGCGUGCAGCCGUUCCUCAAGGCCGAGGGCUAUAUACGCUUCCAGAUCUCAGUGGGCACACAGCGCUUCAAGUGGCGCGGUAAGUACUUUGUGGAGACACCGGCGGCGGCCACCGAGAAGAUUUUCUUUGCCACCGAUGAUGUGCACAAGCGUAAUCCCAGCGAGAUACGCAUCACCUGGAAUGCCUUCAAUUUGACAUCCAAUCUGAAUGCCAAUGUCAUGAUCUCGCUGUGGGGCUAUCGCGAGACUAAAAUCGAGCCACAGCUUGAGUACAUCGAUGUGAUUGAGGCCAGCUACACCAAUACGGGCAGCUAUGUGAUCACGCCCUCCAACUACCUCACCCGCCACAACAUCAACAAUGAUAUGCAAUUUGGCUUUCUGCAAAUAAAUCUCACCCAGCCGGAACAGUACUCUAAUCUGGCGCUCAGUCCCAUUCUCUGGUCACGACCGAUACCAUUGGCCUGGUACAUGGCACCGCAGUGGGAGCAGAAGCAUGGCAAACGUUGGCCCCGUGCUCUGUGCGAUAAUUGGAUACGCGCAGACCGAUUUCUCAGAAACUUUGCUGCCGACCUGCCGUUGUGCCCCUGUACCCUGGAGCAGGCGGUGCUCGAUUUGGGCCGUUUUCGACCGGAUCGGGAGUGUGACAAGGACUCGAAUCCCAGCUGUUUGCGUCAUCGUGGCGCCAUCCAUUGUGUGGUCAGCGGUACGCCAGUUGCCCAGGGUGCUGAGCAGCAGUGUUGUUAUGAUCGCUAUGGCUUCCUGAUGCUGACCUAUGAUCAGAUGUGGGGCUCACGUCCACGUCGUAUUCACAACCUGGGCAAGAUGCCCUGGAACGAGGCCAGCAAGGUGCCAUCACUGUCGAUGUGGUUCCAUGAUAUGCGUCCCUUCUACUCCUGCUGCUACUGGCAGGAAGAGCAGGCCGUUGGCUGCGAAACCUAUCGCUUCGAGCGCCGCCCCUCUCAGGAUUGCGUGGCCUACCAGGCGCCCGGCAUCGCUGGCGUCUUUGGCGAUCCACAUUUGAUAACCUUCGAUGGCAGCGCUUAUACCUUCAAUGGCCUCGGCGAAUUCGUACUGGCGCGCAGCACAGAUCAGAGCGAACGCUUCGAGGUUCAGGGUCGCUUCGAGCAGCUGCCGCCCAAUUACUAUGGACAGGUGAUGGCCACACAGCUGACGUCGGUGGCCAUGCGCGGCAAUACGACAACCACGAUUGAGGUGCGUCUGCGUCCGCUGCAUGCGCGCUGGCGCUAUCGCCUGGACGUGCUAGCCGAUGGACGCAAGGUGUACUUCGAUCGGGAGAGCUUGAAAUUCCAGCACUUUGACGGUGUCACUGUCUACACUCCCACAUAUUUGUUGAACCAGUCGCAGGUGGUGGUGCAAUUCGAUGCGGGCAUCGGCGUGGAGGUGGUUGAAAAUGAGGGCUUCAUGACGGGUCGCGUGUUCCUGCCUUGGAAGUUCAUUAAUAAAACUGCCGGUUUGUUUGGCAACUGGAGCUUCAAUCCGUUGGACGACUUUACGCUGCCCAACGGACAGGUAGCCUCGAUUAAUCUCAACGAUAUGCGCAGCCUGUACAACAACUUUGGCCUCAAAUGGAUGCUCACGGAUCGCGAUGUGCCCAAUGUGGGCGCUGCGCUGUUCACACGCGAAUUUGGACGCAUGGCCAGCUACUAUUCGAAUGCCACAUUCCAGCCGAACUUUGUGAUGGAUCCCGCUGACUUCCUGCCGAGCAAUCGCAGCUACGAUCUCGAGCGUGCCGAGGAACUGUGCGGCGAGUGUUCGCAGUGUCAAUAUGAUUAUGCCAUGACCCUAAAUCGAGAUCUGGCGCAUUUUACCAAGAACUAUUAUGACAGUCUGGUCAACAUGCAGGCGGAGAAUGCCAAGCGAGUUGUCUCAUGCGGCGUGCUGCAAACACCGCGCUUUGGCCGCAAGCUCAGCUUUGACUUUAUGCCCGGCGCCAAGGUGGCCUUUGAGUGCAAUGAGGGCUUCAUUCUGGUCGGUGAUCAGCGACGCGAGUGUUUGUCCAGUGGCCUGUGGAAUCUGCCCGAAUAUGGUUAUACGGAGUGUCUGCGUGAGGUGUAUUACACGCGUCGUGUCGCUUUCAUUGCAAUUGGCAUUAUCGUACUGGUAAUUGUCCCAUUGAUGCUCUGCAUCGUUUGCGGCGUCUAUCGCUAUCGUCAGAAGCAGCUGAAGGAGGAUCCACACUGGCAGAUGACUUUGCCACGUUCCCGUGCCGGGUCCACACGCAAUUUGCGCACUUUGAACUAUGAUCCCGAGGACGAUAGCGAUACCGAUGCGAGCACGCUGAAAAAAAGUAGGUCCUACGAUAAAGUAUAUCGCACGAACGAACCAUUACCGGGCAAACCGCAAAUUGAUUUUCCAGCUAAGAAAUGGGAUCUGGAUAUGCAGGACGAGGAUGUGACCUCAUCGGAAGGUGAGAAACCCAAGCAGACCGGCCGUCGCUCCCUGCGCUCCGCCUCCGGCACCGAACUGGAUCAGCACGAUGGCACACCCAUCGAUGGUAACCACCGUCACGAUGCCGAGGACGAGGAUGAUGAUUUCGAUGAGGCCGAUGUCCAUACGGGUCAACUGCAUCCGGCUGGCUAUCAUCAGCCGCUCUCGCCCGAGGAGGCCGACCAGCUGCAUCAGCAGCAAUAUAGUCCCACGUUCAGCGGCGUGGAUAGUCGCACCAGCGGAGCCAGCUCUAUUAACUAUACGCCCCAGUCUGCAAACCAGAAUCGCUUUGGGGGCGUGCCCGUGCUGCCCAAUAACACGCAAUACUACAAUCGGCCGUCGUCGGGCGUGCCGGCAGCAACGGCCACGCCUCUGCGUGUUGCGCCCACCGGGCCACUGACGCAGGACAGCGGGCUGCCCUCCCCGCCGCCUUUAGCCACAUCGCCAACGCCGUCAGUGCAAAAGUCCACAGAGGUGUAGGACUGCAACACACGAACAUAGGCAUAUGAACACACCAACACACACACACAUUUGCCUGACAUGCACAGGCUAAAAAGUUCAAAUUUUGUAUAACUAAUAUCAUUUGUCGCACAUAUACUUUAUAUAUCUAAUAAUUAUUAUUGUAUAAAUUUGUUAAACUCUGCUAAUUGACCCACCUGUUGUUCAUUUUCUCAACCCAUGACCUUUUUUUUUGCAAAUACCUCCUAUUACUAAACACUAUACUCGUAUUAUACAAAUAGCCCAGUCUCCAUAUUAUUAUUUAAAUAUAUUUUAAUAAUUCAUUUGUAUUUUUACCAAAUCCAUGAAUACCGCCCACCUUCCCCAUUAUCACGGCUACAACGAGUUAACAAUUUGUUUGUCAAUUGUAAAGUUUGUCAUCAUUUUAUUAAUAAAAUACCUUGUUAAUAUUCAUA